AAUUCCAACCUUCUCCCUCUUUACUAAGACCUGCAAUCCAUAUCAAGUCUAAUGCUAGAAAGCCACUCCGAAACUAUGGCAAACUCUAUCACCACUUUCUCCCAUGGCACACCAGUUCCAGCCGAUGGAAAAUUCCACGUUGAUCCAUCGAACCCAAUGAACCAGAUCAAGUACCUUGAGACAUGGUAUCCGCCUGGCGUAUCAGAAAUGCUGUGGGGUGGCAAUACCUCACAGAUAGCACUGCUCCCGGAUGGGACUGUACUCAAGUAUAUCUGGGACAGGGACGAUCACCGCGCGAAGAACUGCCUCGAAAUCGAACAUUCUAUCCUCUUAGCUCUAGGAGACCAUGAAAGAAUUGUUAAGUACAUAGCAAAACACGAGCAUGGCCUUCAAUUUCAGUUCGCCGCCAAUGGCGACGUGCGCCGCUACAUAUCAAAGCACGAUCCAAGCAGGAUCCCCCAGCAGCAGCGCCAGAAAUGGGCAAAGCAAGCUGCUGAAGCCCUCGCCUUCGUCCACUCAAAAGGCGUCAUUCAUUGCGAUAUCCACCCAAACAACUUUCUUCUUGACGAGCAUCUUAAUCUCCUGCUUUGCGAUUUCGCUGGAUCAUUGUUUGGCACGCUAGACGGGGGUGCUAUGGAGAGCAUCCGGUUUUUUCUUCCAAGAGAUCCGCUUGCAACACCAGGCGUAAAGUCAGACCUAUUCGCGUUAGGUUCGGCGGUAUAUUAUAUUAUGGCCGGCCACGAGCCGUAUGACUCCUUAUCAGACGAUGAGGUAACAGCCCGCUAUUUAAGAUUCGAAUUCCCAGAUGUGCAUAGCUAUACAUGCGGUCGAGCUAUCGAGGGCUGUUGGAAAGGGGAUUUUACUAAUGCACAAGACGUAGUAAAAGCUAUGGUUGCCACUUUUUAG